AUGGCGUGUUUGGUAGCUCGAUCCGGGAGGGAGUUGCAGAGAUAUGACAACAUGGGCCGCCGCCAAGUCGUUGGAUGCAUUCCAUAUAGAUUCAAAAAUUGCAGGGAUGGUUCCAUUGGUGAUGAAUUGGAGGUCCUAGUCAUCACUUCACAGAAGGGUCAAGCCCGAGGAAUGAUGUUCCCUAAGGGUGGUUGGGAGCUCGAUGAAUCCGUGGAAGAAGCAGCUUCCAGGGAAUCGCUUGAAGAAGCCGGGGUUCUUGGGAAUGUUGAGGAUGGACUAGGCAAAUGGGACUUUUUAAGCAAAAGACAUGGCACAUUUUAUGAAGGAUAUAUGUUCCCUUUGUUUGUGACAAAGCAACUUGAUCUUUGGCCGGAGAAGAAUGUCAGGCAAAGAAUUUGGAUGGCUGUGGAUGAAGCUAGAGAAGUUUGUAGACAUUGGUGGAUGAAGGAAGCCUUGGACAUAUUAGUUGAGAGGCAUACAUCGCUACAAGAUCAAAAGGAAGAACAUGUGCUGUCAUGCUGA